CUUCCCGCCUGCGCCUGCCCGCCUCGGGCCGCGGGCGGGCGGGAAGCAGGGAGGGCCCGCCUCGCCCUUCCCUUCCCCGUCGCCACGCAGCAGCCCGCGGCGGCCGCCGGUGCUUCCCUUCGGCCCUGCCUGCCGUCCUGCCGGUGGGGCUCGCCGCUAGGCCCCGAAGCUCCCUGCAGCUGCCCGCCCUCCCGGUGCGGGGCCGGAGCAGGCGGCGGAGCACGCAGCGGUCCGGGCGGAGAGCAGGGCGGACCGGCGGCGGUGGCGGGGCCCGCCGGGCCCGGGGACGACGUGCGAGCGCGGGGAGGAAGGGGCUCGGCCGGGCCCCUGCCCCGACGCCGCCAGCGACCGCGGCUCCAAACGUGAAUGCGUCCGCGGCGCGGGCGGGCUCGGUGCCCGCAGGGACGUGUGCGGCAGCCGUGCCCCGGCGCUGGCCGGGGCGGCUGCAGGAGCGGCGGGAGGAAGCUCGGCAGCCUGGGACAGGCAGGAGGAAGCGGGGUGGUGUGCCAGGCGGAAAUCAUCACCGCAAGAAAUAGUUGAAGUGGUUAUUUCUGAAAUUAAAUCCCAAGGCAAGGCAGAUUCCAGGGUGUGUUACGAUUUGUUACCCUGAGGAUUUAAAGGCUUGGUAGGAAAGGCUGCCAGUCAGUCUGCGGAGUUUAAUUACACAGAGGCAUUGUGCAUUAACUCAGCAAACAUGUACUUUUGAUGCCUGACCAUUAAGGGCUGUGUUUCCUCCCAUAGGUGUAAAACUGAGCAGCUGGAACCUGUGAACAGCCCACAUGAAUAAUAGAAUCAUGGAAUCAUAGAAUGGUUUGUGUUGGAAGGGACCCGAAAGAUCAUCCAGUUCCAACCCUUCUGCUCACCGGAGUGCUUCUCUCAGGAUGCCGGUGCAGGGCCCACUCUUGUAGCGUUGGUGCAGCUGCAUGGCCCUGGAGCCAUAAGGGCACAGACGAUGAUGCCCUGCUCUACUCGGGGGGGAGGUCUCUGCUUCUGGGUGCCAGAUGGCAACAGCAGCCGUGCUGUAUAAAAAGCAAACCAGAAAGAGAACUCCCAGGAAAGAAAUUGGAAGCAAACAUAACAAACAUUUCCUUGGACCAGACUGGUUGUGUGUUAGGUUGUUGUGCAAACUCAGCAGCAAGCCCCCAACUUUCUGGAGUCUGAAAAGAAGCACUGGGUGCAAGAGACACGGCAAGACUUCCUUCCCCUUCAUGAUGGGCGCCAUCACCUACUUCCACUGUAGAAAAUGGGAAAUCGUGUUUCAUUCAGGAUCUACACAUAUUUCUGUGGGACGUUGUUUUCUUGAGAGGAAAGCAAUGAGACAAGAAUGUGCCAGUGCUUCAGGAACUGCUAGUAAGAUGGAAAUUAUAGGAGAUAACUAUGGUACAAGAGGUAUCUUGAGGCCUUUGGUUUUCCGUCUCCAUGAGAAUGUCCCUGCAAUUGUCCGUGAGGUUUUACUGGAACGGGGCUGGACUGAAUUUGACAAAAAGGAGCAAGAUGAUGCAGACUGGAACCUGUACUGGCGGAACUCACCUUUCAGUCUGACAGACCAUCACAGCAUUAAACCAUGGCAGAGGCUCAACCACUACCCAGAAGCUGUUCGGAUCGCCAGAAAAGACUAUUUGGCAAGGUAUCUGAAACGUAUGAAAGGAGCAUAUGGAUCAGCUCUCUAUGAAUUUAGUCCGGUGACAUUCAUCAUGCCCCAUGACUAUAUCAAAUUUAUAGCAGAAUACAGCAAGGAGAGACAGUCAGUAGGCAGAAGACCUAGUUUCUGGAUUUGCAAACCUGUGGAUCAUUCCGGUGGAAAAGGCAUACACAUUUUCCAAGACAUUAAGGACUUAAAAUAUGACUGUACAGUCAUUGUGCAGAAGUACAUCAGCAACCCCUUCCUCAUUUCAGGGUAUAAACUGGAUCUGCGCCUCUAUGUGUGUGUCACCAGCUUUUGCCCCCUCACUGUUUACACUUAUGAAGAAGGACUGGUGAGGUUUGCCUCAGAAAAGUUUGACCUUGAUUCUCUGGACAACAUCUAUGCCCACCUAACAAACACGAGCAUCAACAAAUACGGAUUUUCAUAUAAAACAUAUAAAGAAGGGAUUGGCUGUGGCUGCAAAUGGACAUUCAAAUUUCGUUCUUACCUUCGAGUAUGUGGGAUUGAUGACAUGGUCCUCUGGCAGAAGAUCAAUAACAUAGUGAUUCUCACCCUGCUUGCUGUAACCCCCUUACCAGUGGCUUCCAAUUGCUUUGAGCUUUUUGGCUUUGACAUCCUGAUUGAUGACAAGUUCAAGCCAUGGCUUUUAGAAGUUAACUGCAAUCCGGCCUUGUGUUUAGACUGUUCCAUUGAUGAUACUGUGAAAAGGAAACUUCUCCAUGAUAUUAUUCAGCUGCUGAACUACAAAGAGAUUGACACUUACAGGCAAAACCAAGUGGUUGGGACAAAGGCUGGCAGAAGGCGGGUACCCUGGAACACAGCUGGUGAAAACACCACCAGGGAGGCUCCUGGCUUACUUACUCGUCGAAAAGUGGUUAAAUAUAAUUCUGCUUCUUCUGUACAACCUGCCCUGCAGGCUGCAAGACCAUCAAUUUGUAAGGUGGCUACUGUGACUAAGAAAAGUGCCAUACCACAUCCAAGAAAAACACUGACUUCCCAGCUGCGGGAAAGGAUGAACAUGCCAAAAACACACUCCCAGACAAAAGCUGAAGCUGAAAAUAUACAGCUCCCAGUAGCUGGGCAUUGUCCACACAAGUCUGCCCAAAUCAGCCACUCGUUACCUGCACCUGACUUCCGCAACUACAAGUUAACCACGCACCCUUAUUUCCUUUCUGAUAAAGACCAGAGGCCUAUCCCUCGGGUAGGAGAUUUUGUCCUUAUUUUUCCUUUCAAUGAAGCUGCACUUCAAGCUUCCAGGGAUGGAACAGAUGUAAAGAGCAUCAUAAAGGAAAUAAACAAAUUAUUGAGCAAACAGUUACCAUCAAAACAGCAGAACACAAAGAAAAGGGCAGCCUCUUUGACUUCUAUGUAACUUCAUGUUAGGUUAUAUAAACAUAUCACAAAUGACAACUUUAGCUUGAAGGAGGUGGGUGUACACUGACAUUGUAUUAGACAGAGAGGUUGCAGAAACAAUACAGAAGUAACAAAAAUGUAAUUUAUCAAUUACAGUGAGAGAUUAUUUUGAAAAUCAAAGUACUGACGAAUUUUUAAAAGUAAUUCUUGCAAAAUUAAAGUAAUACCAGAAUAAAAAUGGAGAAUUCCAUUUCUCAAAACA